UUUAACUCUCACGUGCUUCGCGCCACCCUAUUUUACUUCUUCAAGAUGUGUGCUCAUCCCGGUUCAGCUUUUUAGUAUCGCCGCCGCCUCUCUUCCGUUCAGUGCUGCCCUGCCGUCGUCUUUCGCCGCCGCAGCAGACACCCUCCUAGCGGUUUUGCACCGAUUUCCACUAUCUUGUUGUUACUGGUUGCAUUUAGAACCUGUAAGUUUCACUUGAAUAUUCAUAAGCCUCAUUGAUUUGGUUGCCUCAAACUUACCAUGACGGAUUCCACGUCGAGGAUAUGUGUGAAGAAUUUACCUAAGUACAUAGAUGACAAUCGCCUUCGUACCUUGUUCUCUGAAAAAGGAGAGAUUACAGAUGUUAAGCUUAUGCGGACCAAGGAUGGGAAGAGCCGACAAUUUGCUUUCAUUGGGUUUCGCACGGAACAUGAAGCUCAAGAAGCGAUACGAUACUUCAACAAAUCUUUUAUCAAUACUCACAGGAUCGCUUGUGAGAGUGCAUGGAAAGUUGGGGAUCCAAAAAUUCCCCGACCUUGGAGUAAACAUUCUAAAGCAAAAAAGGGCACUAAAGAUGAAAUGAAAGUAGAAGAUGACAAAAGUUUAAGCUCUUUGGGGUCUAAAGAAGAGGGAGACAACCUUAAAUUGAGUAUUCAAGAUGAUGAUCCUAAAAUCCAAGAGUUUCUUCACGUGACACAGCCUCGGAUUAAUUCAAAAUUGUGGGCAAAUGACAUUUUGAUGGCUCCAGAAGCUGAUCAAAAUGGAAAAGGAAAGGAGAAACCAAGUCAAAUGAAAAAGAUUGACAGAGAAAGACUGGAGUUGGUGAAUGUUGAUGGAGAUAAAGCUGAGGAAAAGCAAACUUCAUUGCUUAAAAACUCUGCUCAUGAUGAUAAAAUUUCAGAUAUGGUACAUUUUGAAAGCAGGGCGACGAAAAAUUGGUCAGAUUCAGAGACUAGUGACAAUGAUAAUAAUGAUGAGGAUGCUCAAAAUGAGGAUGAAUCUAUAAAGAAAAAAUUGGAGAAAAAGAAUGUUCAGAUGGUGAAUUCCAAGUCACCUCUAGAAUCAAAGGCCAAAGAAGAGGACCAUUCCAAUCAUUGGGAUGAAGUCGCAGAUGUACUUCACAUGGAGAAGUCCUCAUCAACUCUGGAAGAUAAGAAGGAUGAAAUGCUGGAGAGUGGUCGACUCUUUGUUCGUAAUCUUCCAUAUGCAGCAACCGAAGAAGAGUUAGAAGAGCACUUCCAAAAAUAUGGCACAAUCUCAGAGGUGCAUCUUGUAGUUGAUAAAGAUACAAGACGUUCUAAAGGCAUUGCUUAUAUCCUUUACACUCUUCCAGAAUCUGCAAAAAGGGCACUUGAAGAAUUGGACAAUUCAAUAUUCCAAGGGAGAUUAUUGCAUGUCAUGCCUGCUCAACUAAGGAAAACAGUCGAGAAACCAGAGGCAAAUAUUUUAGAGGGACAAAGGUCAAAAUCCUUCAAGCAAAAGAGAGAGGAAGAGAGAAAAUCAUCUGAAGCUAGUGGCAAUACAAGAGCAUGGAAUAGUUUAUUCAUGCGCCCUGAUACGGUCGUUGAAAACAUUGCUAGAAAAUAUGGGGUUAGUAAGGGUGAGUUACUGGACGGGGAGGCUGAUGACCUUGCUGUACGAGUUGCGUUGGGUGAAACUCAAGUCGUUGCAGAGACGAAGAAGGCUCUCACAAAUGCUGGAGUAAAUGUUGCAUCUUUAGAGGAAUUUGCUUCUGGAAAAGCUGAUGGACACAAAAGGAGCAAUCAUAUUCUUCUUGUGAAAAACUUGCCUUAUGGUUCUUCUGAAGGAGAACUUGCAAAUAUGUUCGGAAAAUUUGGGAGUUUGGAUAAAAUCAUUCUUCCGCCAACAAAGAUAUUGGCCUUGGUUAUUUUUCUUGAGCCAUCUGUGGCCCGUGCUGCUUUUAAAGGCUUAGCAUACAAGCGUUACAAGGAUGCUCCGCUAUAUUUGGAAUGGGCUCCUGACAAUAUUCUUAGUCAAAAUCCAAUGGCUGGCAAUGUGAAGGACGAGAAAGUUGCUGAAGGUGAUGCUAGGAGGGUGAUAUUGCAGCAGGCAGUGGAAGAAAUAUCAGAUGUUGAUUUGGACCCUGAUAGGGUUGAGUCACGAUCUCUUUUUGUCAAGAACCUCAAUUUUAAAACGACCGAUGAAAGUUUGAGAAACCAUUUUAGCGAACACAUGAAAGAGGGAAGAAUAUUAAGCGCCAAGGUUAAGAAGCAUAUAAAAAAGGGACAGCAUGUCUCAAUGGGUUUCGGAUUUUUGGAAUUUGAUUCGGUGGAGACUUCCACAAGUGUCUGCAGUAAUUUGCAGGGAACUGUUUUGGAUGGCCAUGCCCUCAUCUUGCAAACGUGCAAUGUCAAGAAGGAUGAUCAAGGGCAAAGAAAAGUAGAUAAAGAAAAGAGUUCAACAAAAUUACUUGUGAGAAAUGUGGCCUUUGAGGCAACAGGGAAAGAUCUAAGGCAACUGUUCAGUCCGUACGGACAGAUUAAGAGCUUAAGACUGCCAAUGAAGUUUGGAAAACAUAGAGGUUUUGCAUUUGUGGAGUUUGUCACAAAGCAGGAGGCACAAAAUGCAUUUCAAGCGCUUUCAAACACCCAUUUGUAUGGUCGGCAUCUUGUUUUAGAGAGAGCAAGAGAAGGUGAGAGCUUGGAAGAAUUAAGGGCCCGAACGGCUGCUCAGUUUAGCAACGAUCAAGAUAAGUCUCAAAAUCCAAUCUUGUCCAAGAAGAGGAAACAGAUGACCGACUUUGAUGAAGAUGAGAUGAAGUUGUAAAGGACUUACUAAUCAUAUUUAAGGUUCAUGGUAGUUUAGAAGAAAUAUAUGAUCAAUUUUGUUUUGUAUUUUGCUUAUUUGUUGUACCAUAUCUUGUUUUCUGGCCCCCUUUUUGGUUCAUGGGAGCUGCAUUGUCUAUUGAAUACAGGAACCAGUUAGCAUUUUCCUCUUUUAUACUUGGCUAAAGUAUAGUUGAAGUUCAGGUCAUUACAUAAUCUAUGUUCUUUAAUUCAUAUAA